UAGCUCGAGUGAUAAUACACACUGAAUAUUAAUGAUUGAUUUUUGUUCGAUACCUCUCACUUUUAGACAUCAUCGCGGAGCGGACGGGCUAUCGGAGGAGAUGCUAUCCAAACUGUUGAACAACACAUCGGGUGAAGGCGGAAGUCGACCCACGCUCGGCCAACUGUUGACGGUGGCUGCAGGCGUUGGUGCCGUCACUGCCGUCGGCUAUGGCGUAUAUCGUUUUUUAAAGUAUCGGGCAGAGCAAACACCUCCUGCUGAAUGGCGCCGUGUAGGGGAGGUGUCCGAUCUGUGGAUCUACCCCAUCAAAUCGUGCGGUGCUGUGAGGAUGAGCAAAUUCUUAUGCUCGGAAAUUGGGCCCCAAUUGGGACUGUUACGUGACCGCAUCUUCAUGGUAGUGAAGAGUGCCGACGGAAAAUUCAUCACUGGCCGCUCGCACCCAACCAUGGUGCUGGUGCAGCCAGCCUUCGACGUUACGUUCGAACGGAUGACCCUAUCAGCUCCUGGUAUGAUGGAUAUCAGCGUCAACGUGAAGCAGCUACUGGAGACAAAACCGGGCAGUGCUUCCGUCUGGGACCAACCGGUUGUGGCCGUUGACUGCGGCGAGGAGGUUGCCCGUUGGUUGUCUCGCUUUUUGUUGAGUGAAGAUUUCGGACUACGGCUCGUAUUCUACCCUCUGGAGCUCCCAACGCGGCCUGUACGAGAGAAGAACCGCAUCCACGCGCUACUGACGGCUCGUGACUCUGGUGCCCUGCACGAUGCGACCAGCUAUAUGCUGGUGUCGGAGGCGUCCGUGGCCGACGUUAAUUCGCGGCUGGAGAAGCCAGUUCCAGCGCUUCAGUUCCGAGCGAACAUUCUGGUAAAAGGUCCGAGUGCAUUUGAGGAGGAUUACUGGAAAUGGAUUCGGAUCGGUGACACGGUCUAUCGCAACGUGAAGGCCUGCACGAGGUGUCUAUUCACAAAUGUUGACCCGGAAACCGGCAUCAGCAGUCCGGAGGAGGAACCGCUGAAAACGCUCCGGAAGUACCGUAUGAAGCCGGGACUCGGUUCGCCUGUUGUCGGAAUGCAGAUGGGCAUUCGUACUCUUGGUGGUAUCAGUCUCGGUGACGCGGUGUACGUCGGAUAAUUGGCACGAAGGAUGUAUAAGCAACAGAUCGCAUGCGAUGUGACUUUGUUA